CAGUGUUUUAUUCCCGUCAAGUGCGACAGGCGUUCGGAGCAACACACAUGUAUUCACCCCAGCUUCCCCUGGCGCGUACGCGCGUGCCGCAUUAUUCCUCAUCCUCCGAGGCGCCAAACGCAGAUCCAGGAGGCCUGGAAGCUUCUCUGCUCCAGUUUAUCCACCAUCAUCAUGAAGCCUCUCUCGGACUCCGCGAACACACCGAGAGAGAGAAGAAAGAUGCGAUUCGAAACGCUGCGCGAGUUUCGGAUCUGUUGGUGGACGCCGUGAACGGUGGAGUACAAGAGGCAUUCGUCAACCAGAAGCGAAUCGAGCUCGAAAUCCGAGCUCUGGCUGCGACGAUUGCCCGCUUCAUGAAGCAGACCGAUCACUGGCUUACCGCCACUCAUGCUAUCAACACCGCUAUCAAGGAAAUUGGAGACUUUGAGAACUGGAUGAAGACCAUGGAGUUUGAUUGUAAAAGUGUCAGUGCGGCGAUCCACAACAUUCACCAAGCAUGAUCUAACUGCAAAGUUACUUAGUUUUACCAUUUGUAAUUUGUGAGUGCCUCUCUUCUUUCUUCCUUUCUUGUUUGAGAAAAUCUAUUUGGAAGCUUUAUUUUUUAACACACCUAGGACACCGCUGAAGUAGAGCUUUCCACAUCAGCUAUGUUAAAAAAUGAUUAGUGUUUUGAUAUAUAUAUAUAUAUAUAUAUAUAUAUUGUAAAUUAUAAUGGGUCUCGCUAUAA